GAAAGUAAUUUAUAGUAGGAGAACACGCUCUUCACUUUGCAAAAGCCGAAACAGGAUUACACCAGAUCGUGUUUGUACCUAACUCAAAACGAGUACGUUUGGAAUUAAGAGAAGACAGUAUUCAACUGAACUCUGCCACAGUUUGUAUUUGACGUCUCCAAAGGCCAAGUGUUUGUGUACAGGUGUUCCAAGGAGGCGCCAUGUCCACCCUGUACCCAUCUCUGGAGGACCUGAAGAUGGACCAAGCUAUUCAGGCCCAGGCCAGAGCUGCAUCCAGGAUGCCCGCCCUGCCAGUCUCCCAGUCUUCAGUUUUGUACCCAAGCCUGGCAGAAUUGGAAAAUUACAUGGGUCUUUCCCUCUCCAGCCAAGAAGUCCAGCAGAACCUGCUUCAGAUUCCAGAAGGUGCUACCACAGUGAGCUCUGGGCCCUCACCGGGCCAGCUGGUGGCACCACUGUCUGGGAACAGCCUUGGCACACGGCGUGCAGAGAUCAAGCCUGGGGUACGUGAGAUCCACCUGUGCAAGGACGAGCAUGGCAAGACAGGGCUGCGGCUGAAGGCCAUUGACCAGGGGCUCUUUGUGCAGCUGGUGAAGGCCCACAGCCCUGCGUCUCUCCUGGGGCUACGCUUCGGGGAUCAGAUCCUGCAGGUUGACGGGCGAGACUGUACCGGGUGGAGCACGGACAGAGCCCACCAGGUGCUGAAGAGGGCGUCGGCCGAGAAGAUCAUCACGGUCGUUCGGGACAGGCCCUUCCAGCGGACCGUCACCCUGCACAAGGACAGCGUGGGCCACAUUGGCGCUGUCCUCAAGAAGGGAAAGGUGGUGUCUGUGGUCAAAGGGAGUUCUGCGGCCCACAACGGGCUCCUCACCAACCACGCCGUGUGUGAGCUGAACGGGCAGAACGUCGUUGGGCUGAAGGACAAAGAGGUCACAGAGAUUCUGGCCAUGGCCGGGAAUGUUGUCACCUUGACUGUCCUCCCCACCGUGAUCUACGAGCACAUGGUCAAAAAGUUGUCCCCCACCCUGCUGCACCACACCAUGGACCACUCUAUCCCAGCCGUCUGAAGCCAGGAGAGAGAAGCUCAGCCGUCCUAGCCUCCCACCCUCCUGCAGGAAAGGGCGAGUCCUAGAUGCUGGGGGAGGCCGGCUGCCAGGCCAGGGCUGUCCUGAGGGGGCACCUUCCGGUUGGGCAGCCACUGAGGCACAGGCCCCCUCAGGGCCUCCGGCUGGGAGCUGCACAGGGUCCCAUAGGCAGUGACUCCCUGUGCCGGUUGAAAUGCGGGGCACGUAGGCAGGCUGGCCAAACACUUCUUAAAGUUGCCACUGGGUCCCUUGUAAGAUUUUUGCUGCCUCUACCAGCAAAACAGUUUCACAUUUUGAGAGAACACAACUUCGUUCUUUGUUAAUUUUUUUUU